UGAGAAAACAGAAGUCCUCAGUGAAGAUCUGCUACAGAUCGAACGGCGCCUGGAUGCGGUGCGGUCAAUGUGCCACCACUCUCACAAGCGCCUGACGGCGUGCUUCCAGGGCCAGCAUGGCACAGACGCCGACAAGAGACACAAAAAGCUCCCUCUGACAGCUCUCGCUCAGAACAUGCAAGAGGCAUCGACACAGCUAGAGGACUCUCUCCUGGGGAGGAUGCUGGAGACGUGUGGAGAUGCCGAGAAUCAGCUGGCUCUCGAACUCUCUCAGCACGAGGUCUUUGUUGAGAAGGAGAUUGUGGACCCCCUGUGUGGCAUAGCAGAGGUGGAUAUUCCCAACAUCCAAAAACAGAGGAAACAGCUUGCCAAGUUGGUGUUAGACUGGGACUCAGUCAGAGCCAGGUAAGGAAAGCUAGAAGAGCAACCAAUAAGGUGGCAUCAUGUCACCU